GCCGGAGGUCACAGUUCACACGUGAAACUGGAGAAAAACGGGUGUUAACGUGGAGUGGAUUACAACUGGUUUAAUUUAAGAUUCCAGUCAAACUGCAUGUGAACAUACGGGGCAGUGUGUGUAGCAGACAGGAUGGAUGGGAAAGUUAAGAAGCAGAAGCAGCAUCAGCAGAAGCACAGUGGCCCAAAGGCAGAGAAGAAGAAGCUAAAGAAACAAAAUGGCUCAACAGAGGAGGAUGAACGCAAACGCAACCCCAAAGCAUUUGCAGUUCAAUCUGCGGUCCGCAUGGCCAAAACCUUCCACAGGGCCCAGGACAUAAAAACCAAAAAACACCACGUGCCUGUUGUAGACCGGACUCCCCUGGAACCGCCUCCAAUUGUAAUCGUUGUUGUUGGCCCCCCUAAGGUCGGGAAAAGCACCCUGAUCCGCUGCCUGAUCAAAAACUUCACCCGGCAGAAGCUCACAGACAUAUGUGGACCUGUAACUAUCGUUUCUGGCAAGAAGCGUCGGCUGACUUUCAUGGAGUGUAACAAUGACAUAAACUCAAUGAUCGACCUUGCGAAGGUGGCUGACCUGGUUUUGAUGCUGAUUGAUGCCAGCUUUGGCUUUGAGAUGGAGACAUUUGAGUUUCUCAAUAUCUGUCAAGUACACGGUUUCCCUCGUAUCAUGGGUGUGCUGACUCAUCUGGAUGCAUUCAAGAACAACAAGACUCUGAGAAAGACAAAGAAAAACCUCAAACAUCGCUUCUGGACUGAGGUGUACCAGGGGGCCAAACUGUUUUAUCUGUCUGGCAUGGUGUAUGGUGAGUAUCAGAACCAGGAGGUGAAGAACCUCGGCCGCUUCAUCUCCGUUAUGAAGUUUCGUCCUCUGGUGUGGCAGACAUCCCAUCCCUACAUCCUGGCUGACCGUAUUGAGGACCUGACAGACCCCGAGAGGCUCAGAACAGACCCCAAGUGUGAUCGGACUGUGUCCUUGUAUGGCUACCUGAGAGGGACACAUUUGAAAAACAAAGGCCAGGUCCAUAUACCAGGUGUAGGAGACUUUCAGAUGUCAGAUGUCAACUUCCUGCCAGACCCGUGUCCACUGCCUGAUACUCAGAAGAAGAGGGCCUUGAAUGAGAAGGAGCGUCUGCUCUACGCACCCAUGGCCGGGGUCGGAGGGGUCGUGUAUGACAAAGACGCCGUUUACAUCGACCUCCCAGCCAACCACGUCAAACAGCUGCAGGAGGAAGUGCGGCCUACCACAGAGCUGGUCCAGUCCCUCAUAGAAACACAUGUCACCCUAGACGCCAAGAUGGCUGCCAGUAAGGUCUCGCUCUUCAGUGGCUCUGCUGGCCUGGACCCCACAGACAUCAGCGAGCAGAGUGGAGUGCAGGAGGGACUUCGAGAGAUACAUGUCUGGGAUCCACACACACAAACACAGAGGAGGAAGGUGGUCUUCACCGGGUUGGAGGAGGAGAAUGAUGUUAGUGGGUCCAGCAGUGAUGAGGAUGAUGAUGGCAGUGACCAGGAGAACCAGGAAGAGGAGGAUGAUUUGUCCACAUUUCUCAAAGAGGCGAGAGCUAAAUCUGAGAAGGCCACCAAAGGCAGCACUCCCCCGGUAAAGAAACGGAAGCUGGAGGAGAUGAAAGGAGAGAACGAGGUGAUCGCAGAGGCACCGGCGUUUGCAGACAGCGAGGACGAGCUGGAGAAGAGCGAGGCGGACAGCGAAGGAGAAGGCGAGGCCGAGAGAGCUGGAGACUCUGGGCACUGUUCUAAAGAGUCAGAGGAAGACAGUGAUGAGGAGGAGGAGGAGGAUGGAGAUGAAGACGAUGAGUCGAUGGAAGAGGAGAUUGGUGCUGAUGACAGUGAUGAAGAAGAGGAGCGGGGGACAUUCAAGUGGAAGGAGGGCCUGCAACAGAAAGCAUCAGCAGCAUUUCUACGGCAUCAGGAAGCUGCCCCCAACCUCAGGAAGCUGGUUUAUGGCUCAGUGGUGGAGGCGGAAGAUUCUGAGGAGGAGGAAGAGGAGGAGCUUGGCGGACUGUUUCGAGUUAAUCGCCCUCAGAAAAGCAAAAAAGUUCAGGCCAACGCUUUAGACUGCUCCCAUUUCAACCCCGACAUUUCCCACAAUUGGGAAUUAGAAGAGAUGUUGAACUCAAUCAGGGAUUGUUUUGUGACGGGUCAAUGGGAGGAAGGCCAGGAUGCUGCAACGCUGCUCAAAGACGACGAGGAGCUCUACGGUGACUUUGAAGAUUUGGAAACGGGAAAAGUUCACAAAGGCAUGACUGGGGAGCAGGAUCAGGCCGAGAAAAGUGAAAGUGAUGAAGAUGAAACUGACGAUGAAGACCAACAGGUGAAGAUGGAUGAUGAGGAGGUGCAGAAGAACAAGCGCCUUGAAAAGAAACGCAGACUGAAGGAGCGCUUCGAUACAGAGUACGAUGACGGUGACGCCACGUACUUCGACGAUCUGAAGGAGGAGAUGCAGAAGCAGGCUGAGCUGAACAGAGCUGAGUUUGAAGACAUGGACGAUGAGUCGAGAGUGCUGUAUGAAGGCUUCCGGCCAGGGAUGUACGUCCGAUUAGAAAUUUCCUCCUUACCCUGUGAGUUUGUAACCAACUUUGACCCACAUUACCCCGUCAUCAUCGGAGGCCUGGGAACCAGUGAAGGCAAUGUAGGAUACCUGCAGAUGCGACUGAAAAAGCACCGCUGGUAUGAGCGUAUCCUGAAGACACGGGACCCCCUGAUCCUGUCCUUGGGUUGGCGCCGCUUCCAGACCAUCCCUCUCUAUCAUAUUGAGGAUCACAAUGGACGCCACCGCCUGCUUAAAUACACACCGCAACACAUGCACUGUGGAGCCUCAAUCUGGGGUCCCAUCACUCCGCAGGGCACCGGCUUUCUGGCUGUUCAGUCAGUAUCAGGAGUUAAAGCUAAUUUCCGCAUUGCAGCCACAGGAGUCGUCCUGGACCUGGAUAAAUCAGUCACUAUUGUGAAGAAGCUCAAACUAAUUGGUUACCCUUAUAAGAUCUUCCAAAACACCUGCUUCAUUAAGGGCAUGUUUAACACGGUGCUGGAGGUGGCUAAAUAUGAAGGUGCUUCUAUACGAACAGUGUCGGGGGUCAGAGGUCAGAUAAAGAAGGCGCUGUCGACUCCUCCAGGAGCUUUCAGAGCCACGUUUGAGGACCGCCUGCUUAUGAGUGAUAUUGUGUUCCUGCGCUCCUGGUAUCCAGUCAGUAUUCCUCAGCUUUACAACCCUGUCACCUCACUGCUGCUGCCUGUUGGCCAGAAGGACAGCUGGUCGGGCAUGAGGACCGUGGGGCAGCUCAAACAUGACCUGGGAGUCCGUAACAAGCCCAGCAUUGACUCGCUGUACAAGCCAAUAACCCGAGCCCCAAGGCACUUCAACCCACUCCACAUCCCCAAGGAGCUCCAGAAGGCCCUCCCCUUUAAAAGCAAACCCAAACUACUGCAACCCAAAGGAAAGGUGCCCAGAGACCUCAAGAGAGCCAGUGUGAUCCGCGAGCCCCAUGAAAGGAAGGUGGCGGAGCUGCUACGAGCUCUGAGCACAGUGCAUCACUACAAGAAGAAGGUGGCCCAGAGAGCACAUCAUGCCAAACAUAAAGAGUUCCUCCAGCAAAAGGAGAAAGACGAAGAAGCCAAGAUGAAGAGAAUGAAAGACGCACGAAAAAAACUGUACCGCAUCAUGGGCCAGAAGGAUCAGAAGAAGCAAAGGUCGAGUCUAAAGGGGACGCCACAAGAUGACUGACUGACUGUUUAGAGCCACAAGGACCUUAUCCCAUCCCUGCAGACUCGAACUGAUCUUUGCUUAAAUUAAAAUUGUAUUUUUCUACAGUACUCAUUGAAAAGCCAAAUGUACGGGUACAUCAUAAAACAAAAUAAAACAAAGAUAAUAACAAAAGCUGCAGAAUCUGAGCUGUUGUGCUCCUGGUGGAGCGCUCAGUCAUUCUCUCUGUAUGACACACAGUAACUUAACAAAUGAUUGUUUUUGUUUUCCUUAUUGCUUCUCUUCAAAGUUUGGUAGAUCAGAUGUGCAUUACUUCAGAAAUUAUACAAGAACAAUAUCUUAAACAAAUGUCUUUUUCUGGGGUUGUUACAGUGAAAUAAAUAAAAACUCACAGCUGAA